AUGUCAGACAUGAGGAUUGUGCUGCUGGGAGGACGAAUUCAAGGGAAGAGUUCAUCAGGAAACACCAUCCUGGGCCGACAGGAGUUUGGUACUGCAGGGAGAACAGCUGAGUGUGUGAAGAGAGAAGGAGAAACAGCAGGCAGACACAUCACUGUAGUGGAGGCACCAGGAUGGUGGAAUAACUACACUGUAGAGCAAACUCCUGAACGUGAUAAAGGAGAGAUUGUCCUCAGUGUGUCUCUGUGUCCUCCAGGACCCCAUGCUCUACUCCUGGUCAUUAGGGUGGAUGUGUCAUUCACAGAGACACACAGAAGAGCAGUGCAGGAACACAUGGAGCUUCUGGGUGAGAGAGUCUGGAGUCACACUAUACUGUUGUUCACUACAGGGGAGUGGCUGGGAGACACAAGCAUUGAGCAGCACAUUGAGAGUGGAGGAGAGGCUCUGCAGUGGGUUGUAGAGAAAUGUGGGAACAGGUACCAUGUUGUAGACAAUAAGAAGAGUGAUGGUGGUCAGGUGACAGAGCUGCUGGACAAGAUAGAAGAGAUGGUGGCAGGAAACAGAGGUCAUUAUGUAGACUUUGAUGCAAAGAUCAUGAAUGGAUUGAUGAAGAGGAAGGAUGAAGAAAAGAGAAAAGCAGAGGAGAAGAAGACGAAGGUGAAGAAACAGAGAGAGACUCUCAGAUCAUCAGCAGGUGGUGUUCCACACAUCUCAGACAUGAGAGUUGUGCUGUUGGGAAACAGAAGUGCUGGGAAGAGUUCAUCAGGAAACACCAUCCUGGGCAGACAGGAGUUUGGUACUGCAGGGAGAACAGCUGAGUGUGUGAAGAGAGAAGGAGAAACAGCAGGCAGACAUAUCACUGUAGUGGAGGCACCAGGAUGGUGGAUAAACUGCACUGUAGAGGAAACUCCUGAACGUGAUAAAGGAGAGAUUGUCCUCAGUGUGUCUCUGUGUCCUCCAGGACCCCAUGCUCUACUCCUGGUCAUCAAUGUGAGUUGGUCAUUCACAGAGACAUUCAGAAGAGCAGUGCAGGAACACAUGGAGCUUCUGGGUGAGAGAGUCUGGAGUCACACUAUACUGUUGUUCACUAGAGGGGAGUGGCUGGGAGACACAAGCAUUGAGCAGCACAUUGAGAGUGAAGGAGAGGCUCUGCAGUGGGUUGUAGAGAAAUGUGGGAACAGGUACCAUGUUGUAGACAAUAAGAAGAGUGAUGGUGGCCAGGUGACAGAGCUGCUGGAGAAGAUAGAAGAGAUGGUGGCAGUGAACAGUGGAGAAAGGAGCAUGGAUCAACCUCCGAAAUUUGGAGGUGGUCAAACUGAAGUGAGCUCUAGUGGAGACUCCGCCCUGGGCUCUUCUAAAUCAUCUCUUAUGUCCACGCUGAUGAGGCGCUUCGAGACUCUCAGCACCGCACCCACGUCAUCUGGGUACAGCACCGGCCAAUCAGAGAAGAGUGCUGCAGACGGCUCAACUUUAAUGGCUCCACAUUCCAGGGGUGCAUCUCUCAAAGGGCGAAGUAGCUAA